AAGCACUUCAAAAGCCUCAACAUCCUAAACAAUAAGCAACAAAAGUGGGUAAAGAGUUUAGAAAACAGUGGUUUUGAGACAGAAACAAAUAUUUUAUAAAAUUGCGGGAAACGCAAGGUGCCAACGAAACUCAUUAGUGUACGACGAGGGGUUGGUCAGCUGGGCAGUUGUCAUUCGUUGGACGCUCCUUCGGGGUUAAGAAAUCUUCAGAAUUUAUUUUAGACGCGUUUUUCCCUCAAACUAUGGCUCAGAAUAUCAAUCCAGAUCACCCGCAAUCGUCGAACUUAGCCAAACAGAACGAUGGUGGUGUUACGAUCAAUAACAAUGCCGUUAGCAAAAGACUGCAGAAAGAGCUGAUGAAGCUUAUGAUGGGCGCAGAGAAGGGCAUUUCGGCAUUCCCGGACGGUGAGAACAUCUUCAAGUGGGUUGGAACAAUCUGUGGCCCAGAGAACACCGUGUAUAGUGGCCACAAGUAUAGGCUUCAACUGGAAUUUACAAAUUCCUACCCGUACUCGGCACCAAACGUUAAAUUUCUCACACCGUGCUUUCAUCCCAACAUUGACCUCUCCGGAGUCAUCUGCCUGGACAUCCUGAAAGACAAGUGGUCCGCCUUGUACGACGUCCGGACAAUUCUGCUUUCCAUACAGAGUCUCCUCGGCGAGCCCAACACAGAAAGUCCCCUCAAUGUGCAAGCGUCAAUGCUGUGGACGAAUCCCGCAGAGUACAAGAAGUACCUUGAUGAGUUCUACGAGAAGAACAAAGACUUUCCCAUGCCCGAAGUGUGAAAACUUGUGCUUCUCCACACACCAAACAUUCAACACACACUUCGCUUUCUUGUACCCCAAAAGGAGACGUGUUGUCAGUGUCUGAACAAUUUCCGCUAUCCAUUAGAGAAUAUCUUCAAUUGAUUUAUCGGUAAUGCAGCGUAAAUAAAUACAAUUUCAUUGAAAAUCCACAAAUUU